AUGUCAUCUAAUUCACCUCCAACCCUUGAAGAGGAUCUCACUCAUGCACACUUGUGGUCCGAGGAUAAUAACCAAUUAGACUCGCAGGGCAUGUCAUCACCACGUUCAAGUUCGAGCACAGAGAAGGGAAAAGCAAAGCAGACAGACGAAGAAGCAUACGAUAAUGACGAAGACAUCAUAGAGAACCCCAGCUCAGAGUCAUAUCCACCUACAAAUGACGAAGCAGCCGAGACACGACGAGUCGAGGAGAACCUACGUCGAUGGGAGAUGGCUGAACGCGAACGACGGAGAGCUGCGCGAGAAUCUGCGCAGGUCAAUGGAGGUGGGGGCGGUCCGUCUUUACUCGGAGAAGUAUCACGCAGGGCAAGCGUGCUCCUGUCGAAGCGACAGUCAGUCAGAUCAUCUGCAGGAGGGUUGGGUAACCAUCGAGCUCUUCAAUCUAGGGACUCCAUCGACGUAGUACCACUCGACGACAUCGACCAGAGUCCGCCCGCAUCUGCAAAUCCCUUCAUACAUCCAUCAGAAACGGAACCAGGUUUUGUCUCUCCAGCAUUGUCCCCCUUCGUUGAUCCGAAGGAGCAGUCUAGCGCAAUCACCGAACCUUCUGAUUCGGACUCGAAUACGCACUCAUCGCAACCACCCACACUCCGUCCGACGUCAACGCUUCCUCCUCCACAGCCUCUGGGGUUACCGCCGCCUUUAACACCACCACCUAAAGGGACUAGACCUCGCAUGGCUCCCAUGAAACCCACACCUCCACCAGCGCUGCAUCAGGAACCCAUAGAACCCGAACAGGAGGUGAGAUGGUGGCACGACUGGCUAUGUGGAUGCAGCGAAGGACCAGACCGGGGAGGAGAUAACCAGGCUGGACGCACGAAUCCAUUCGAAUGA